AAGAGAACCAUCCUCUCUUUAUAUAAACAGCAUCUGAAAGCUGCAGAUAUACACAAAUGAACGGAGAGGUUGGCACGAUGGCUGCAACAGAUCAUGUUUCUGAGACUGAAAGUAAAAGCAGUGAAAAAAAGAAAAACAAAGAAAAACCCAAUAUGGUCAGCCCACUUACAAUGUUUCGUUACUCAGAUGGGCUGGAUAAAUUUUUCAUGGUGCUGGGCACUUUAUUUGCCGCUGCACAUGGAGCUUGCCUUCCACUCAUGAUGAUUGUUUUUGGAGAUAUGACAGAUGAUUUUGUUGCUUCAGGAACGCCUCCAGAAAACAUGGACAAUAUCACUCUAGACAAUAUCACCCUGAGCAAUAUUAGUAUAAAUGAUUUUUUUAAGUCACUAGAAGACCGAAUGACCAGCCAUGCAUACUACUAUUCGGGAAUAGGGUUUGCUGUUCUUGUUGUAGCCUAUGUGCAAAUUGCAUUUUGGACCCUGGCAGCGGGCCGUCAGAUCAAGAAAAUUAGAAAACAUUUUUUCCAUGCCAUUUUGCGUCAGGAAAUUGGAUGGUUCGAUAUGAAUGAUGUUGGGGAACUAAAUACGCGACUUAUAGAUGAUGUCUCUAAAAUCAGCGAAGGAAUCGGAGACAAGAUUUCAAUCCUAAUCCAAGGAAUUUCUACAUUUCUAACAGGAAUUAUAGUCGGGUUCAUUCGCGGGUGGAAACUAACUCUUGUAAUACUGGCAGUCAGUCCUGUUCUAGGACUCUCGGCUGCAAUAUGGGCAAAGGUCCUUUCUGCAUUCACCAGCAAAGAGCUUGCUGCCUAUGCAAAAGCUGGGUCCGUAGCAGAUGAGGUUCUAUCAGCUAUCAGGACAGUAAUGGCUUUUGGAGGACAGAAGAAAGAAAUUGAGAGGUAUCGUAAAAAUUUAGAAGAUGCUAAAAAUAUUGGAAUCAGGAAGGCUGUUACAGCUAACAUCUCCAUUGGAUUUGCUUUCUUAUUAAUAUAUGCAUCUUAUUCCCUUGCUUUCUGGUAUGGAUCAACUUUAGUAUUAUAUGAAGGUUACUCUAUUGGGAAAAUCCUUACAGUCUUUUUUGCUGUGUUAAUUGGAGCAUUUAGUAUUGGCCAGGCUACUCCAAACAUAGAGGCAUUUGCUAAUGCAAGAGGAGCAGCUUAUGCAGUUUUUAACAUUAUUGAUAAUGAACCUCAAAUUGACAGUUUUUCAGAAACUGGUUACAAACCGGACACGAUUAAAGGAAACCUGCAGUUCCAAAAUGUUUGCUUCAAUUAUCCGUCAAGGCCAGAUGUCAAGGUGUUACAAAGCUUAAAUCUGAAUGUUAAUAGUGGCCAGACAGUAGCUCUGGUGGGCAGCAGCGGUUGUGGGAAAAGCACAACUGUCCAACUGAUACAGAGAUUUUAUGAUCCUCAGGAAGGCUUGAUUACCAUUGAUGGACAGGAUAUUAAGACUCUGAAUUUAAGGUAUCUCAGGGAGAUUAUAGGCGUUGUGAACCAGGAACCUGUUUUGUUUGCUACCACAAUAGCAGAAAACAUACGAUACGGUCGGGAAAAUGUCACCAUGGAAGAGAUUGAAAAAGCUGUCAAAGAAGCCAAUGCCUAUGACUUCAUCAUGAAAUUGCCUGAUAAAUUUGAAACUGUGGUUGGAGAAAGAGGGGCCCAGCUAAGUGGAGGUCAGAAGCAGAGGAUCGCAAUUGCCCGAGCCCUUGUUCGUAAUCCCAAGAUCCUAUUGCUGGAUGAAGCAACGUCGGCUUUGGAUACUGAGAGUGAAGCAGUGGUGCAGGCAGCCCUAGACAAGGCCAGGGAGGGUCGCACAACUAUUGUCAUUGCCCAUCGUUUAUCUACGGUUCGCAACGCAGAUCUCAUUGCUGCUUUUGAAGAUGGUGUCAUCACAGAACAAGGGACCCAUAAUGAACUAAUGAAGAAGGAAGGAGUUUAUUUCAAACUUGUUAGCAUGCAGUCAAUUGAAACCGAAGUUCAGUCGGAAGAGCUGGAUGAGAGCAAGCCCAAUCUCUCAAGGAGCUUAUCAGCAGAAUCAUCCAAAAGUGCUCUAUCGAAUGGAGUGAGAAGACGUUCGACUCGUAGAAGUGUCAAAAAGUCACAAGCAGAGGAUGAGGAUCCUGAGGUGCAAAUUGUUGACCCUGAAGAAAAACUGCCUCCAGUUUCAUUUUUGAAGAUUAUGAAGCUGAAUAAAUCUGAAUGGCCUUACUUUUUGGUGGGAACACUUUCUGCUAUCGUUAAUGGAGCUUUGCAGCCAGGAUUUUCAAUAAUAUUUUCUGAAAUCAUAGGGGUUUUUGCGAUUACUGAUAAAGGCGUUGUCCGAGAAAAGACCAAUUUUUACUCACUGCUCUUCUUAAUGCUUGGGAUCAUUUCCUUCGUCACCUUUUUUCUUCAGGGUUUUACAUUUGGAAGAGCUGGAGAGGUCCUAACGAUGAAGAUUCGCUAUAUGGGAUUCAAAGCAAUCCUCAGACAGGACAUCAGUUGGUUUGAUGACCCCAAAAACAGCACUGGGGCACUGACUACGAGGCUUGCUAACGACGCUUCCCAAGUAAAAGAUGCUACAGGGGCCAGGCUGGGUUUGAUUGCUCAAAACUUUGCCAACCUUGGAACAGGGAUUGUAAUCUCACUGAUAUAUAGCUGGCAGCUGACACUUCUGCUCUUGGCUAUUGUGCCAAUUAUUGCUAUAUCAGGGCUUAUUGAAAUGAGAACGUUGUCUGGUCAAGCAAAGAAAGAUAAGAAGGAACUUGAAGGUGCGGGAAAGAUAGCAACUGAAGCAAUAGGGAACAUACGAACUGUUGUUUCCCUCACUCAGGAGAGAAGAUUUGAACAUAUGUAUGGAGAGAGUUUACUUGGGCCGUACAAAAAUUCUGUGAGGAAAGCACAUAUUCAUGGACUGACGUUUUCUCUUUCCCAAGCAAUGAUGUACUUUACCUAUGCAGGGUGUUUUCGAUUUGGUGCCUAUCUUGUGAGAUAUGUGGGCACAGAUUUUAAAUCAGUUUUCUUAGUAUACUCCUGCAUUGUCUUUGGUGCCAUGGCGCUUGGACAGACCUCUUCAUUUACACCAGAUUAUGCCAAAGCCAAAGUGUCAGCAGCUCACAUGUUUCAGUUGUUUGAAAGAGUACCUUCAAUAGAUAAUUACAGCGAGGGAGGAUUGAAGCUUGAAAGGUUUCGCAGCGAUAUCGCCCUCAAGGAGGUGGCCUUCAAUUAUCCAACCCGGCCAGAUGUCCUUGUGCUCCAAGGACUGAAUGUUAAAGUGGAAAAGGGACAGACACUGGCCCUUGUGGGUAGCAGUGGCUGUGGAAAGAGCACCGUGGUCCAGCUGCUGCAAAGAUUCUAUGACCCUCUCAGUGGAGAAGUGCUGUUGGACAAGCAAAAUACGAAACAGUUAAACAUUCAGUGGCUGAGAUCUCAGAUUGGAAUAGUCUUUCAAGAACCAACCCUUUUUGACUGCAGUAUAGCGGAGAACAUUGCCUACGGUGAUAACAGCCGAGUGGUGCCGCAUGACGAGAUUGUAGAAGUAGCUAAAGCAGCCAACAUACAUUCCUUCAUUGAAUCCCUACCAGAUAAAUAUAGCACUUCUGCGGGUGACAAAGGGACUCAGCUCUCUGGGGGCCAGAAACAACGCAUUGCUAUAGCUCGAGCACUAAUCCGCCAGCCGAAAAUUCUUCUACUAGAUGAAGCAACUUCUGCACUUGAUACUGAAAGUGAAAAGGUAGUCCAAGAUGCCCUGGAUAAAGCCAGACAAGGCCGUACCUGCAUUAUAAUUGCUCAUCGGUUAUCUACAGUUCAGAAUGCUGACAGUAUAGCAGUGAUCGAAAAUGGGAAAGUCAUAGAACAAGGAACCCAUCAGAAGCUGCUGGCUAAGAAAGGAGUCUAUUACUCACUAGUCACUGUUCAAGCAGGGACAGCCAACGCAUAAAUUAAAUGCCAAAUAUAUUGUACUACACAUGAAUUUGUAACUGCCGUCUCAAAACAUUAAAAGGUACUGCUGAUGCCUUCCCCAUAUCAAAGUAAAAUAAAUUUGCGCAAAUAAUGUGCUAGAUCCCAUUAAGGAGUCUCAAAAUGAAAAGUUUCAUCUUGAAUCUUUAGCUCAGUUCAGAUGUGAUGCAAAACCAUGAUUUAAUGGUUGACGUAAUCAUCUGAAUAUGGAACACUCCCCUAACUAUGAGAUACCGAACUGGAAUCCAGAAGCAUGAUUUCAAGCUCAUUUAUUAAUUGCAACUAGUCUGAGCUAUAAUUUUGUGAGAGAUAGGAGUAUGGGCACGCUGACUCUGUUCCCAGCAAUGCCUUCAAACACUUUCUGGCUAUAGCAGUGCCUGGCCACGGCAAAGCCAAUGAAGCCAUUUGUCAAGGCAAGCCAGAAUUUUAGUGGCUGUCUGAGAACCAAAUUCUGGUCUCAUAAAGUAACUGUAGUUGAAAUGAAGUUGUGAUACUUUAGAUGUGAACGGAGCUAUUCUCCAUAAUCUCAGUUGCUCUCAGCUGUCUUUAAGUACACUGAGCAACAGACUGCCUUAAGACCAAAACUGCCCUAACCCUUGAGACCAAAACUGCCAUGCUUUGAGUCCAACUGGCAGUAUUGAAACCAUUUGCACUAACUGAAUGACUGGAUGAGACUGUAUAUGUAUAUAUGACUCACAAAUGGCUAUCUAUAUGUUUCAGUCCUAUGGGUUCCCAUCAAAGAUUGCUUUUGAAAGUAUUGGUUAUCAGAGCCUACCAUCAAAACGCCUUAAAAAGAUCUUGGAACUGGAACUUUGUGAUAAUUUCCACUAAUUUUAAUUCAAAAGCAGUACCUUUCUUGUAUGGAAGCGUGUUUUGGAUGACAGACCUAAGUGGCUUUCUUUUCUUAUUAUGUACAAAAAAAAAGACAUGAAAGUACUUGUAAAUAAAUGAUUUUUGAUGUA